AUGGCCAAUUUGCAAAUCGGCAACAUGCAGGGAUUGCCAACUGAGCUUACCUCAUUCCUGACAACAUUGCAGGCACAAAUCAUGAAUGUGCAAAACAGAACCGACCAGUUGGAGCGACUUGCAGCAGAGAAUGCAAGACUAACUACUGAAUUAGACCAUGCUAGAACAACAAUUGCUAAUCUGCAGAAGCAAUUAGGAUCUCAGAGUGCACCUGAAAAAAACUUUUCAGAAAUUUCACUUUCGAACCCAGCCGGAGCAGUAGGUGCUCCUGACAAAAACAAAGAACCAGGUCUGGAAGCCUCCACUUGGGCUACUAAAGCCAGUGUUUCUCUUCCUGUAACUGCCCCAAAAAUGUCUACUGUUCCCUCUGCUCGCCGUAUUGCAGCUUCUGUUCGUAUGUUUGCUCUUCCCUCUGGUCCUUCAGGUUAUGAAUAUGUUUAUAUUCCAAGAUCAAGACGCCUUAAGCACAAAGAAGUCCGUUCCUCUCUCCACACUCUUGGUGUGGAUUCUUCUCGACUUUUGGACAUUAACUUCCCAGCCAGAGGUGUCAUUGGCAUCCUUGUUUAUGUCCAGUAUGCUGAUACAUUUAAGGCCAAACUGACAACUGCUUCUGUUGAGAUUUUGGACGCAUUUGAUCCCCUUGAUCCUGAUAAUGUUGCUGAUCCCAAGUAUGCAUCUCUGUCCACUCAUGAACUUGCCAACACUGCUGCCAUGCUUCACCAUGAUAGAUGUCUCCAAGCCCUACAGUUCUUGCGCCCACACAUUGCUAUCCCAGUUGGUCACUUCUUUUGUGAGGAAGGGUGGAUCAGUGAAGAUGAAAUACCAACACGUACUACUCUUACCAAUGCUACUGGCGGAUUAUGGAAUGCCAAUGGCCUGCAACCCAGAGCCAUUCAAGAUACCCUUCAACACUGUCAGUCCUUACAUAUGCUCUUCAUUACAGAAACAUGGCUUCUCUCUCCCUCACAUCUUCCCACAUCAUGGUCACAAAUUCACUUGUAUGGGUCUCCCGUAGCUGGCACCUAUAGGGGCUCUAUGGGUGUUUCUGUUCUCAUAUCACCUCACUGUCCUUAUGCCGUCACUCAAAUACCUAUGCCCUCCAAAUAUGCUCUGGCUGUCAAAAUUGGCUCACUCAGAAUUGUAUGCUUAUAUCUUCCACCAAAUAUGCCCACUCAUGAUGUCCUACAUGUACUCUCUUCCAUUCCUUUAACACAUGAUACCAUUCUUUGUGGUGACUUCAAUGCAAGACUUGGCUCUGUUACUGGUGACUAUGCAUCAAAUUCUCGUGGACUGGCACUAUGUUCUUGGAUAGAAGAGAGAUCUCUAUCAGUUGUAAAUGCAGAUCUUGCACCUUGCAUACCAACAUAUAUUUCUUUCCGCAACAACUAUGAAAUCAGCAGUAUUAUUGACCUCUUUAUAACUAAUAUGCCACUCAUCAAUCCUUCUCUUCAUAUUGCUACUGACUUGUCUCUUGGAUCAGAUCAUCGCCUUUUAUCACUUUCCUUUACCUAUGAUCUACAGCACUCUACCAAUAUGCCACCACCAUUACGCAAGACAUGGAACCUCUCACGCCUCAAUGAACCUGAUAUUUCUUUGUUCUGCAAUUCUGUCUCCUCCCUUUCACUGUUACAACUAUUUUCACAGCUGCAAAGUGGAGAGCAGAUUCAGCCAUUGAAGCUAUGUAUCCAUCCAUCAACAUCUUUACGCAAAACGAUACAUCCAUCACGAAAAACGCACCUCCCAUUGCCAAAAGUAGUGCAGUCCUUGUCCUUGGUAUUCCAGCUGUCAGCAAAAAAAAUUUCAGCUCAAUCAGACAACAUCACGCCAUCUGCAUUCUCAAUCCCAAUGGCCAAUUUGCAAAUCGGCAACAUGCAGGGAUUACCCACUGAGCUUACCUCAUUUCUGACAACAUUGCAGGCACAAAUCAUGCAUGUGCAAAACAGAACUGACCAGUUAGAGCGACUUGCAGCAGAGAAUGCAAGAUUAACCACUGAAUUGAAUCAAGCUAGAACAACAAUUGCUAAUCUGCAGAAGCAAUUAGGAUCUCAGAGUGCACCUGAAAAAAACUUUUCAGAAAUUUCACUUUCGAACCCAGCCGGCGCAGUAGGUGCUCCUGACGAAAACAAAGAACCAGGUCUGGAAGUCUCCACUUGGGCCAGUAAAGCCAGUGUUUCUCUCCCUGCUAUUGCACCAAAAGCACCUACUGUUCCCUCUGCUAGCCAUAUUGCAGCUUCUGUCCGUAUGUUUGCUCUUCCCUCUGGACCUUCUGGUUAUGAAUAUGUUUAUAUUCCACAAUCAAGACGUCUUAAGCACAAAGAAGUCCGUUCCUCUCUCCGCACUCUUGGUGUGGAUUCUUCUCAACUUUUGGACAUUAACUUCUCAGCCAGAGGUGUCAUUGGCAUCCUUAUUCAUGCCAAACUGACAACUGCUUCUGUUGAGAUUUUGAACGCAUUUGAUCCACUUGACCCUGAUAAUGUUGCUGAUCCCAAGUAUGCAUCUCUGUCCACUCAUGAACUUGCCAACACUGCUGCCAUGCUUCACCAUGAUAGAUGUCUCCAAGCCCUACAGUUCUUGCGCCCACACGUUGCUAUCCCAGUUGGUCACUUCUUUUGUGAGGAAGGGUGGAUCAGUGAAGAUGAAGUACCCACACAUACCACUCUUACCAAUGCCACUGGUGGGUCAUUGUUCAAACGUCAGUGCAGCUCAUCAGUCACUAUGUCUGAAUGA